AUGCACGUGCUACAUCUCAUUUUGGCUAUUGUGGUCGCCUUGAUUUCUAUUAACAACGGUGUCGCAAUCGCUGCCAAGACGGUGUUGAGGUCGGAAUCAAACGACUACCCGGCGCUCAGAGACAGCAUAGCAAAUGGUGAGGCGGAGUCAGAGGAAAGAAGAGGAGUAGGAGGUGGUGGAAGAGGAGGUGGUGGACGUGGUGGAGGUGGACGUGGUAGAGGUGGGCGUGGAGGAGGUGGGCGUGGAAGAGGUGGGCGUGGAGGAGUAGCGUAUCGACCAGUAGCAGGAGGACAUGGGGGAUAUGCAGAAAAUGGAUGGGGUGAGUUUGUCCCUUUGCCUCCCGGUACUUACGAGGGUCCGGAAUUCGGAGGUCCACAUGGCGAUCCCUUCACAGAUGCGGCCUUGAUUAAGUCUGGACAAAAAGUGCUGUCUAUCAACCUUCGUGCGGGGGAACGCGUCGAUGCCGUCAUCCUCACCAUCGUGAAACCGUUUGGGGGAGAGAGGACAUUAUACCAUGGCGGUGAUGGUGGUGACAUGAAAAACCCUCUGACGUUAACUGAAGGUGAAUACAUCACUGUCAUGGAGGCGCAUGCGGGUGAUCACGAUGGCAGUACGCGUGUCAAGUACAUCAAGUUCACCACCAAUAAGGGGAAUUUUAUCGAAGGCGGCACGCGGACGGACAAGAAUGGAACGGACACUGCGAAGGAGGGCUAUCAGUUGGGUGGUUUCGUUGGCAGAAGCGGUGACGAGCUUGAUCUGGUCAGCGCCAUCUGGACAAGCAUUCAGCCGGUCGGGUAG